AUGCGUCUUCUUAUUGAUUUGCACCCGCUGCUUAUGCCAUCCGCGGAAAAUCAAUUUAUCAGAGGCAGGCAAUGUUUAAAGAAUGUGAUUGAUGGAUAUUCUGACCCUUGGAUAAAGACAGAGCCCAUCUAUGGACCGAACCCGCAACCAGAUCACACCCGUGGCCUCAGAUGGUCAACGUUCAAUGAAGGUCAACGGCAGAAGCUUGGGAUAGAGCCAAAUGAGAAAUCCCUAUACACCGCUCGGGAGGAAAUUUAUUUCCCUUACCUCACAGGAGAGGCUAGGCUGGAUCUGGACGCUUCUGAUCGACGGAAUAUGCAUAGUGCCUGCAUUGACAUUCGCGGUCUCGUCCAUUUGUCUCGAAGGGCUGGCUGCGUCGAGACAUUGCACCGGCGAAUUUUGGCGUUUUCCAUUUCACAUGACCUAGGGACAGUUCGCAUUCAUGGCUAUUACCCUGAAAUAGAAGACGACAAAGUAACAUACUAUUGCUGGACGAUUGGGGAAUUUCAUAUCUGGACGGAUGCCAAUAAAUGGGCUUGUUAUCGCUUUGUUUAUAAUUUGGAUGACAUGUUUCUCCCAAGCCAUAUCGCUCGUGUGAUGGAUAUGUUGGAAAGGAUCCCUGAACCACAAGAUAUCCCACUGCAUGUCGAUCUUGACGAUAUCAAUGAGUCGCAAUCUAUUAUUGGCUCAGAAGGAGCGUCAGAGAUACGGGCGAUGAUACAGAGUUUACAGCAGCAAAUGGAGCAACAAAAGCAGGAGCACAAGGAAGUACACGCGCAGUUACAGCAAGAACGGCGGGAGUGGAGCGAACGAGAAGAGCGACUACGAGCGCAGUUUGAGCAGGAGAAAAAAGAGGCACAAGAAAGACUAACCGCGCAGCUUGAGGGCUUAGCUCAAACGCUGAACCCAAAGUAA